GGCAACAUUGUGAAAAACGCCAAAAGAUAGCCGCCAUCAUUAUUUUGUUUGGUUAGAUUUUUAGGUUAUCUAUUUAACCGACGCCGCUUCUGUUUUCCAAUAUAAACAGUUAAUAAAACAACAAAAAUGAAACUCGUUAGGUUUUUAAUGAAACUGAGCCACGAGACGGUCACAAUUGAACUGAAGAAUGGAAGUGUUGUGCACGGAACGAUAACCGGAGUCGAUGUAGCAAUGAACACACAUUUGAAAGCUGUUAAAGUUACGUUAAAAAACAAGGAAGAACUUCAGCUAGAAACAUUGAGUAUUCGUGGGAACAAUAUUAGGUAUUACUUGCUGCCUGACAGCUUGCCUUUGGAGACCUUACUCAUCGAUGAUACGCCGAAAGGAAGAGGAAAGAGGGAAGGGUUCCCAAGAGGAGGUGGUAGCGCGCGAGGAGGUCGAGGAAGAGGCCGUGGUGGCCGCGGAGGGCCAAGAGGAGGUCGCGGCGGCCGUGGUCGUGGCAGGCGUUAAGUGUUCCCUAGUUUUAAGUUCUAAAUUUGUGAUUACAUUUGCUAUUUAAGGUCUGAAA